CGCUCCGCCCUCUCGCUCCGGCCGUCGCGCAUCGGGACCGGAAAGUGCCGCUGGAUCCGAAGCGGCCUCUGCUCUGCCGGGAAUCCCUGAGCGGCCGCGCCGCCCGCGGGGGGCUCGUCGCCAGCAACAGCCUGAACGGUGUAGAAGUUACCUCAGACAAAAAAUAACACAAAAGUGUUACACUGCAGAUGUGCAAACUUCACUACAUCAGAUUUCUUCUUAGCAGCUCUUCACAAGGAAAGAUUUGAAUGGAAAGCAGGUCUGUCUUUUCUGAGCUAGUAGUGGUAUCUUACAGGAGGUUUUUUUCUUGAAAUUUACUGAAAAAGCAGUUCACUUUUUUUUGCCAGAAGCCCAGAAGUUCUCACAGAUUUUCUGCACCCUGACCAGGUUUCCCUUUCAAAGAAUAGGGAAACCAGUUUCACAGAUCACCCGUUAAUCUACCAAAAAUUCCAUCUGAAAACCAUUCUCAUACAACUUAAAACUGAAACGCUUAAUUAAUGGAAUCCUACCCAGACCUUGGAACAACUUUUACCCAUUAAUCCAAAAACGCCGCUGGAAGAGUAUGAUUUGAAAUGCAUGACAGUGUGUUUUACCUGCGGGUGGUGUCAUCUGCUGUCCUUUUCCGUGCAGCCCCAGCCAGCGUGCGCUGUGUCCAUAACGAUGUCGCGGUCCCCGACUUCUCUGCCUAUCGCCGCCAGGAUGUGCAGGAUGCCAGCGCAUCUUCCCAAGGCAGCAGCGACUCCAGGAAAGGGUUCUCCUACCUGAUGACCGCAGCGACAGGUGUAGCAACUGCCUAUGUUGCCAAGAAUGUUGUCACCCAGUUUAUUUCCAGCCUGAGUGCCUCUGCUGAUGUGCUGGCCUUGUCAAAGAUUGAGAUCAAGCUGUCUGACAUUCCAGAAGGCAAGAACAUGGCUUUCAAAUGGAGAGGGAAGCCCCUUUUUGUGCGCCACAGAACCCAGGCAGAAAUUAGUCAGGAGGCUGAAGUUGACGUGUCUCAACUGAGGGAUCCGCAGCACGAUUUAGACAGAGUGAAGAAGCCCGAGUGGGUGAUCUUGGUGGGUGUGUGCACUCACCUGGGCUGUGUCCCCAUCGCCAAUGCCGGGGAUUUUGGUGGCUACUACUGCCCCUGCCAUGGCUCCCACUAUGACGCCUCUGGCAGAAUCAGGAAAGGCCCCGCUCCCUUAAACCUCGAGGUGCCAGUUUACCAGUUUGUUGGGGAUGACACGGUGGUGGUCGGCUGAGAGACAAGGUGCCUGCUCACUUCCAUGUUCCUGAGAAUGUACACCAGAAGGGUUAACUGAGGCAUACUGUAAAACCAGAAAUUAGCUAUCUAGAUUCUCAACCAGAACUAUGCUUGAAUACUGUUUUCAAUUUCAAUAAAAACUUGGAGUGAGCACUUCUUUCUGUCUUACAAUAAAGUUUAUUUCUUUGUGUACAGAUUUCUAGCGUGUCCAGCCAAGGAGAUGCUACAGAGCCCUCCUGAAGGGCUGCUGAUUCCAGGUAGACAUUGAGCUACAAAGUCACAAAGAGAGCUUUUAGCCAGCAUUGGUCCUGCCAAUACAGCACAGAGCUGGUGCUUCAUUGUGUGCAGAACAGGAGGAGAAGCAAGGUUUGCUGUUUCUAGAACAAAGCAAAAAGACUCCAGUUAUCCUGUACUUAGUGUUUCCUUCCCAUUCUUUACCCGUGGUCUGAAAGUACUUCUGCAUUGCACUGAUAUGCUCCCUCACAUGCAGAAUAGAAACUAAAAUCCUCAGAAACUACAGAAAAGUCCGUGAGAUUUUUCAAGAUGCAAAUAAUAAAAGCUUAUUCACAAUAAACUAGUUUAAAAAAAAAAAAACAAAAAAAAAAACAGACUGAGAGAAUUAAAUUGUAUUAACCAGAGUCUGCAAUCUGGUCUAACUUAAUACUGCUCUGUGGAUGUACUGAGGGAGAGUUCUGUCUGACACCAGUUUUACAAUAGAGGUGUCAUCCAUUUCAGGGAUUCUGUCACAAUCUAUGCAAGUAGCAGUCAGUAAAAAUUGAAAACCAUUGU